UAAACAAGGUUCAUUUAAUCCGGUACUUAGUAUAAAUCGAGAUUAGCAGAUAUCACGGUCAUUUUAGUGCUAAAAAGUUUGAUAUUUUAAAAUUUAAGGAAAUCAAAUUUUUACGUGAGUGAAAAUGACUAGUUGCUAUUCUCACUGAUAGUUUUUGUGAUAUAAUUCUAGUUUUUAAGUGCAUAACUAUUUUUCGAUUAUUUUCAACCAAGGGUGGCAUUUGCAAACUACAUAUACAGAGUUAACAAUAUUAUAUCAGAAACGACGUUCUAAAUUCAUUUUAUCCCAUUCGAAUUAAAUGAGAUGCCAACAUGAUGGAUAUAAAUGAUAAUUCGUCUGUAGAUCUAACAAGUGUAGAUGAAGAGUUGUUCGGAAGCGGUCCAGUAGAGAUAGAAAGUUAUGGUGAGAAGAAAUGGACCAGAAAGCAUUUAAGAUCUCAAUUUGAAACAUUAGAGCUGUACAACCUUUUUAGAAAAUACACUGAUAAAAUAAAUUUUGGAUAUUUUUCCUUGUUCCUCAUCUUGACAUUUUUUCUGUUCCUGGCGCAUACGCUGAUAUUGAUUGCAGAAAAUUACACGAAUACGGACAAUUUAACUGUACUAAUUCCAGAUCUCACAGUAUACGCAAGCAUAACAUGUCUCUCAGUUAUAGGGCUCUAUUUUCUCGAAGUAACUGUCAAAAAUCAAAAGGAAUGGUCAUAUUUCCCUACCACAGCCUUCAUAGCGUUAUUUAUAGGAAACUUUUUUGUUCCACUGUACCACAGUUUUGUGGAUGUACCGGAUGGGUACUACUACACUCCUGCCUACACGUUUCUACUUAUUAUAGCUUGUUACGUGUUUUUUGGGGUACCAAAAAAUUGGAUUGCAACUAUGGCAGGGUUGCUGGUUUCAGCUGUACAUGUCAUUACAGUACUGUUUAUAUCUUAUGAUACAUUGGAUACGGAUAAGAAAAUUAAAAGAGUUUUUUCAGAUUCAAUUUAUCUGGUGUGUUUCAACGGACUAGGCUUGUAUUUCCGUUCCUUGAAUGAACUAGUACAAAGAAAAAGUUUUUUGGACCGUAGAGACUGUAUAGUGAAUACUUUGCAGCUCAAGCAUGAAAAAGAACAAGAGGAACAACUUAUGUCAAGUAUAAUCCCUGCACCUCUGAUAUCCAAGGUUAAAGAAAACUAUAUCCAAAUUCAAGAUGCUUAUUUAACGUCUGGGAAACUUUUGCAAGACGACAGCCAAAAGCUGUUAGAAACUCACGAUAAUGUCACCAUUCUUUUUGCUGACAUCGUCAAUUACACUGUCAUGACGAAGAAACUGAACAUAAACGCAUUAUUAGAAACAUUAAAUGAAUUGUUUGGUAGAUUUGAUGAUGCUUCAGACAAACUUAAAGUCAUUAGAAUUAAGUUCUUGGGAGAUUGUUACUAUUGUGUCUCUGGAUUACCUCCAAAUCCUCCAGAAAACCCUGCUGAAGCCUGUGUUGAUUUGGGGUUGAAAAUGAUCAACAUCAUUGCCAAAGUCAGACAGGAGAAAGAUCUAACAAUUGAUAUGAGAAUAGGAAUCCAUACUGGAAGAAUCAUUUGUGGAAUUAUCGGAAAAAUCAAGUAUCAAUUCGAUAUAUGGUCGAAAGAUGUAGACAUAGCCAACAAAAUGGAGAGCGAGGGAAAACCAGGGAAGGUCCAUAUAACAAAUAAAACCAAGGAGUUACUUGAGAAGCCCUAUGAUAUAGUACCGACAGAUAAAGGUGAAACAGUCGCUCAGUUUAAACAGAAUGAACUUAAAACGUACCUGGUCUCGCCAAUGCCCGAGCAUCCUAACACAAUACCGCGCAAUAACCAUAAGGUUUACGAACCCGAAGAUAGCCACAUUCCUGCACAACCUAGACCUUCACUCUUUCGAAAAAAUGGCAUGCCUCCAUUAAAUUUGGCUCACCUCACCUCCGAAUUGCCGAAUAUUGCCGAAGAACCUGUUUCAACUUUGACACUAAUCGAGAGUAAUAAUAUUGACAACGACAAUGAAAGAAAAGCUAUAUCUAAUGGUGACGCAAAUGGAAGAAGAAACACUGUAUACCAAAGACGAGCCAGUUUGAGAUUUAGAAUAAACGAAGAACGAAGAUCCACUUCUGAUAUUAAGCGAAGAACUGCUUUUAUGAACAGUAAUUUUAAAAGAUACAUGGAAACCACAGCUACAGUUGAUGACGAAAUGGAGAAAGCUAUAAAUAAUAUGUCCUUUUCCAAAAAAGAUCAAUAUAUUAAAGAAAAGGAGAUAAGUAGUUUAUUAAUAUUUCGUAAUAAGAAAAACGAGCUUGCUUAUGUCAAAUUGACAGAUCCAAUGUUCAAAUACUACGUUUUGGGACAGGUAGGACUCUUACUAUGCAUGUAUAUUAUUGAAAACUUAACACUGAAAAGAAAUACUUGGUGGAGACCCGAAAUAGUCAUAUCACAAGCAAUUCUAAUUUUUGUUCUACUACCUAGUACCUGGACAUAUUUUUUAUAUCUUAAAUACAAAACUAAAUUUGGAGAAACUCUUCCUAAAAAUAUAAUUGUGAGAUUUCUGUACAGGACUUCUAUGUAUAUAACACAGAAAUUUUGGGCUAGAUGGCUUAUAUAUACUGUGGUGUAUUGCCUGUUUGUUACUUGUGUUUUGUUGGAAGUUUUAUUAUGCCAUCUAGAAUCAAACGAAAAGAACGAUUCCCUGAUUGCAGGACAUUGCCUAGUACCUUGGAGUAUGACCCAGGCCUGCGCUCUGACGCUAAUAAUGACGUUCUUAUUUUUGAAAAUAUUUAUUUGGAUCAAACUAUUAUACGCAGUUAUAACUACGGUGGCUUAUGGGUGUUGUAUAGUGUUUUUUGUCAAUUAUAUUUAUAGGAAUAGUGAAACAUUUAACCCAUAUUUAUCACCUCAAGCUGCCCAUAUAAUGAGUGUUGUCUUUCUAACAUUCACCUUACAUUUGAUUGACCGUCAGACAGACUACAUGAACAGGUUAGAUUUUCUUUGGACCAACAAGCUACUGGAAGAGAAGAAAAAAGCCAAUGAACAACAAGCUGUCAAUACUCAUAUGUUAAUUAACAUUUUACCCAAACACGUAGCUAAAAUCUAUUUAGACGUGAAUAAUUCAAGUAAUGAACUUUACUAUGAAAGUCACAAUAAUGCUGCUGUUAUGUUUGCUUCUAUGAUAUUUGAUGAGUGCUAUAUGGAGAAUGAGAACUCAUUUCUUACUAUGAUGAACGGUUAUGUUACGGAUAUAGAUACAUUGAUUAAUCGCAAAGAAUUUUCCAAAGUAGAAAAAAUUAAAAUAGCCAAAUGGACCUACAUGGCUGCGUGUGGACUGACCAUUCCCACUGACAAAGAUACAGUGGCGUACGAAGUGGAAACCCAUCAUACCAGUACGCCCUUAGAUACGCUACUGAAUUUCGCUUCUAUGAUGUUCAAAAUAUUUCGAGCACAUAACAAUUCUAUGACUGAGGUGCAUUUAAGAAUAGGAAUAUGCCAUGGUCCAAUUGUUGCUGGUGUGGUAGGAUCCAAAAAACCUUUGUAUGACAUAUGGGGAGAUGCUGUUAAUAUGGCAUCGAGGAUGGACAGUACCGGCAUGUUAGGUAAAAUACAGGUCCUGGAAUCCACAGCUGAGGAAAUCGAAAAAUUAGGAUACGAAUGUGAAGAAAGAGGUGUUAGAGAAGUAAAAGGAGCAGGAAAUCAAAUGACAUAUUUUGUCAAACUCGACUCAAAUUUUGAUUUAGUCAGGCGCAGAUAUGACGCUUCCGAAGAAUGAACCACGAGUAUACUUUAUGUGCUCUCUUUAUUAUUUAUUUUUAUAGUUAUUACAAAAAGUAUCACCAAUACUAAUGCUCAUAUAUGAUUAACAGAAAGAAGAACUGUAGAAAUCUAUUUCUACGUUAUAGCCAACAAUAUUCUGUAUCUACUUAGGUUCAUUUGGUUUUUAAUUCCUGCUUAAUAUUGAGAUUCAUAAGCCAAUGUAAAUAUGAUUUUUAGGUUAUUUAUUUGCUAGUAGUUAAAGAAUGUAUCACUGAUAUUUUACAUUAUAUAGGGUAUCUGCUAAAGAAGGUAUUUGGUUGUAUAGUUCCACUCCAAAAACUCACCUAUGAAUAUUUUUUUGGAAAAAAAUAUUGUUAAACUUUUUUUACAUUUUUCUUGACAUUUUUUGGGAAGGUACGUCAUCAAGGGUACCUUGUAUAUAAUAUUUAUAAAACUAUAUUAACAUUUUAUUAGUAUUAAUAAUAAUAUUUUGCUGU